UGCAGACCUCAUGCGUAUACUUCCCACUUAUGUAUAUUGUCGAAUUCUUUGACGAGUUUAUACUUCUAGACAAUGCGAGCCAGUACCCAGGGCCAGACCUACAGGUACAGUUCGCCGCUUCACGCGUGUUCAGUCUUGAUUUGUUCUUCAACAUUCCUAUGUCAUAGCCUGUCAACCCAAAAAAGAUCGGAACCUGAUCCUGAGCACGAAAAAUUAUGAAAUGGAUUUCAACGCCUCAAAAAGUGGCUCAGCUUUUCAUCGUUGCAUCACUCAGCUUCACUUGUGUGUCACGAUGCGAUCUGUUUUUCUUACUCUCGCUGCUGUCGGUGUCGGUCUUGUCUCCGCUGUACCUAUAACACCUACAUCCGACUCUUUGCUCCCCUGUGCUGUCUGUCCCGCGAUUGUUGAGAGUGAUGAUUUAUUGCCUUUUGUACUCACCCAGUCUACCGAGGGCUUGUUAAGCAUCGUCUUGCAGUGCGACUACACGAAUUUGCUUGGUUCCGCCUCCUGUUCCUAUUUUAAUAUCGACGGUACACUUUCUUCUGAGAGCACUGGUAUAACAUGUCCCACUACCGCAACCCUCCUUCCACAGUCUGGGCUUGGUCUUUGUACCGCGUCACCUUUGUGAAUCCAUGGGAUCCAAGAAUUCAUCUUUCUACAGUGUCUCGAAGGGUUGGUAAAUCAGUCGUGAUGCGGAUGUCAAUAAAUCCAUAGAUAAAAACAAUGUUAGUCACACCGGAGAGUACCCAGGCCAGGGGCCACCCAAGCACCCCCUGAAGGAUUGGUGUAACACAUGUCGCAUUAUUCAGAUUCAUCCGCUUGAGCCCGCGGGCAAAGCAUCGGAAGCAGUUGCUAUAAGAGAAAGUCAUUUAAUGUAUCCGAGUCGUAAAGUGCCAC